AUGCUAACUAUACUAAGGGUUUUUCUUCUUAUAUUUUAUGUUUGCCAAUCAAUAGUGUUAGGUGAAUAUUUAACCCCAGAGCAAUUACUCAACCUAAGAGAUGAGGAUGGGCUUAUAAGAAUUACCCCAGAAAAUUAUAAUCAAUUGAACCAGCGUUUCGAAGAAUGGCAUCAAGUAUUAUAUUUGACAAUGGGGCCAGAUCCAAACACAGGAGAACCUAUUUGCCCAGUAUGUGGUCCUUUUGAAGAAACAGUUAGAAGAGCAGCAAAGUUCAUAAUGGAAAAUUCACCAGAUACUAAAGUUUUAUUUUAUGUUUCUGAAGUUGAAAAGAAUGCAGAUAUUAUUCGAGAAUUCAAUUUGACAGCCGUUCCACAUUUAUUAGCUUAUCCGCCAAUUGAUAUUUAUAGUUCUCCUGGUACGCCAAUCAACUGGGCUUUCUCACAAUUUUACGAAUAUAAGUUACCUGAAAAUGCUAUUAGUGAUGUGUUCAGAUUGAUGGAUUUUUUGAAUCAAAUAAUGGGUACAAGAAUUAAUGUUCCAUUAGAUAUUAAUGAUAAUAUAGGUUUUGAUUACCAAGUAUUUAUCUUGUAUUUCAUUAUAUUCACUUCUAUUUUUGUCAUCUUAAAAAAGAUAACUUUAAAAUUCCUAAAAUCUUCUGAAUCUGAUUCUGAAUCUAGUGAAUCAGAAAAUAAUACAAUUUCAAAAGAAACGAGAGGUAGACUGAAUAGUAUUUAUAUGCAGAUAGUCUGUAUAUGUAUCUCAUUUGGAAUCUUAUUAACAAGCAUUACAGGAUUAAAAUUUACUCAGAUGAAUCAGAUUGUUUUUAUUGCCCGUAAUGGAGAGGGCCAGAUUAUGUAUUUCAGUGGCGGUACUGGUUGGCAGUUUGGUAUUGAAGUUCUUACUGUAUCUUUGAUGUAUGUCAGUAUGGCACUUCUAGUAGUUGGUUUGGUAUAUUUAUAUAAAGCUGAAAAAUUAUCAUUACUUCAACGCAAUAUUAUUGGAAUAAUAUUAUCGGCAAUGUUAUAUUAUGGAUUUCAUUAUUACUUGCUUUGUUAUGAGAUCAAAAAUAAUGGUUAUCCUUUUACAUAUAAGCUAUUUUAA